AUGGGCCAACUUGCAGCGCGGAAUUCUCUUUCACCCCAAAGGUCGAAGCUGGCACCAAAACGACCGACCAGCCAUGCUCACCUUGCUGCCAUCGUCGAGCCAAAGCUGGCGGUGGAUGGGUGGGAAGUGGAUAUCGCGGGCUGGGCGCAUAAAAAACGAGUGGACGGGAAAGCGACCACGUCAACGAGCUCUAAACGCCAUCGAGUUAAGCACAAGAAGAGACAGAGAGAGAAUGAGAAAAAAGAAAAAGAACAGUUAAUAAGAGGACGAACGAAGCAGAGGGCAGAGGAAGCAGCGCAGGAAAAAGAAAGGAGGAGAGCCCCCGGAAGUCAAAUGGGCCAAAGGGCAGCCAGCCAGCCAGCCAGCCAGCGAGAGGGAUAG